AUGGGCAGCGAGGCCGGGGAAUCGCGGCUCAAACGAACUCUCUAUAUUGGAGGUUUAGCGGAAGAAGUUGAUGAACAAAUUUUAAGAGCUGCUUUUUUGCCCUUCGGAGAUAUCCGCGAAGCCACCAUUCCCAAAGACAGGACCACUGGCGGCCACCGUGGCUUUGGGUUCGUCGAAUUCGAGGAAGAAGAAGAUGCAAAUCAGGCGAUAUUGAAUAUGCACAACUCGGAGCUCUACGGCCGCACGCUGCGGGUAAACACUUCGAGGCAUGGCCCCCAAGGGGUUCCAAAGAACAGAGCAGUUUGGCAGGACGACUUUUUCUUUCGCGAGGAAAUGAGCAAACGAGGGAUGGCUGUGGACGCAGACCUGGACGAGCCGGACCCCCCAGCUGCAGCAGCAGAGAGCAGCGGCAAGUAA